AUGGCGGACCACUUCGCGCUCAUGACGGGACGGAUGAUCACGGAGGCGACGCUUCAGGGCGCCAUCUUCGAUGCCCCUUCCGCGAAGGAUGCUUGUGAUCAUCAUGAUCCUUCUAUUUUUGAGGACGGGAGGACCAAGACUGGUGUCAUGGUGGAAUGCAGAAUCUGCCAAGAAGAAGGUGAUCAAGCCUACAUGGAGACCCCUUGCUCCUGCAAGGGUAGCCUCAAGUACGCUCACCACAUAUGCAUCCAGAGGUGGUGUAACGAGAAGGGAGACACCAUAUGUGAGAUAUGCUUACAGCAAUUUACACCAAACUACAGUGCCCCUUUGAAGUUGUUUCGGAUCGGAAGAAACCAAAUUAGCUUCAGGAGAGCUGGAGGAACACCAGAGAAUCUCAACGCUGGAGAAAACGUUUCCCAAACCGCUGAUCAUGCUGCCGGCACAUCAAGCUUUGACUCUCAAUUUUGCAAUCCAAAAGGCGUCACCUACUGCCGUGUGAUUGCCAUCGCCGUAAGUGCUAUAGAAUGUAAACCUUCCAUGCAUCUGGCACGAGUACUCAUGCUGCAGCCAACUAACGCAUAUGUGGUCCGAAACAUGCACCUUCAGUUGAUGGCUCUGCUGGUGCUCCGUGACGCAAUCUCGCUUGUCCUCGGCGGCCCCGAGGUGUACUCGAUGGCACUGAUCACUCUGCUGAUGUUCAGAACAGCCGGAGUUGUCAUACCCAUCUACAUUAUCUUGAUAUCAGUUGUCACAUUGCUCCAUCGGUACAGUCAACACCAGGAUGUGCAUGGCGCAACGCCAGUUACAGAACCUGUAGGAAUUGAGGACACAGAGAGCCUGCCGCCGACGCCACCUCAACAGCAUGUCAUCAGCAUCCAGUAG